UUAGUGCCAAAAGGGAGGCAAAAGUGUAAUGGCGCUCUAAAACUGUGACAGAGAAAAAGCAAAAGUGAAGAGACUCAACCUGGAAAUACACAGAGAGAUCUGAGGUGGGGGACUGAGUCAGGGAGCGAGUCGGGUCACGUCCUCUGCAGUUGUGCUUUCAAGGCUAAUAAUACUGUGGGAACCAGAAGAAGAAGGAUAAUAAGAUCAUGACUGUUAGAUCCCGUAUCUGAAAACCCACACCAACCGUCCGAUUAACUUCCAUCUCUCUCCCUCUAUCCCACUCUGUCCUUCUACAGCUCAAUUUGGAGCCCACCUAAGAUAAACAACCAGAGGCAACAACAGAGAGCUUAGCUUCACUUGAAACCCAAUCCAUUUUUGCUUUCCCAGAUUUGAGGCUGUCUGGUAGUUUCUAUAUACUAUGAUGGAGCUCAAGAUCCAUAGCUGGGAUUCGGAGAUUGAGCUGCAAAAAUGCUUAAAGAUUUGGCAAAGGUGAGAUAAUUAAGUCUGAUUUGAUUCCGAAGCGGAUUAUCCGGACUCAGUUCAUAUUGAGUCUUCUGGAUUGGGAAUCCAUGGGGCUAAACACUAGUAAAAAGAAUCCUAAGUUGGUAGAUUUUGUUGGUGUGAAACCCUAGGCGUCGUUUGUGGUUCUUGGAAGUGGAAACUUGAAGAUAUGAGAACAGUUGUUUUCAGUUUUACUUCCAAAAAUGAAAAAUGAAAGCAACAUUAGCUUCGGAACUGAGAGAACAGUAAAAUCCAUAGAAUCAAUGGAAGAUUUUUCUAAAUAUUCCCAGAGUCCAGCUCAUUUGGCGGUUGCACGCCGUGACUAUGCUGCCCUCAGGCGCAUUAUCUCUACCCUCCCUCGGCUUUCCAAGGCCAGUGAAGUAAGCACCGAAGCCGAAUCUCUUGAGGCUGAGCUCCGAGCUGAUGCUGUCUCAGCUGUCAUUGAUCGCCGAGAUGUUCCUGGUCGUGAGACUCCUCUUCAUCUAGCAGUGCGUCUCCGUGACCCAACCUCAGCCGAGAUUUUGAUGGCGGCUGGUGCUGAUUGGAGUCUUCAAAAUGAGAAUGGUUGGAGUGCUCUCCAAGAAGCCGUUUGCACUAGAGAGGAAGCAAUUGCUAUGAUUAUUGCACGGCACUACCAGCCCCUUGCAUGGGCUAAAUGGUGUCGUAGACUUCCCCGUAUUGUUGCCUCUACGGCCCGUAUUCGUGAUUUUUACAUGGAGAUAAGUUUUCACUUUGAGAGCUCAGUCAUCCCGUUUAUUGGUCGAAUUGCCCCAUCGGAUACUUACCGCAUUUGGAAGCGUGGUUCUAAUCUUCGAGCUGACAUGACCCUUGCUGGCUUUGAUGGGUUUCGAAUUCAAAGGUCUGAUCAAACAUUUCUGUUUCUUGGAGAGGGGUACUCUUCAGAUGAUGGUAAUGUGAAUUUGGCACCUGGUUCUUUGAUUGUUCUUGCACAUAAGGAGAAAGAAAUCACAAAUGCUUUGGAAGGAGCUGGUGCCCAACCAACCGAAGCUGAAGUUGCCCAUGAAGUGGCCUUGAUGUCACAGACAAAUAUGUAUAGGCCAGGCAUUGAUGUUACUCAGGCUGAGCUUGUUCCCCAUUUAAAUUGGAGGCGACAAGAGAGGACCGAGAUGGUUGGAAAUUGGAAGGCCAAAGUUUAUGAUAUGCUUCACGUGAUGGUUAGUGUGAAGUCAAGGCGGGUUCCUGGUGCUAUGACCGAUGAGGAGCUCUUUGCAGUGGACGAUGAAGAAAGGGUGGCAAAUGGGGGUGAUAAUGAUGAAUAUGAUGAUGUAUUGACUGCUGAGGAAAAAAUGCAGUUGGAUUCUGCACUUCGAGGGAACUCAGAUGGUGCUUGUGAGGAUGAGGUCUCUGACUGCCAUGAAAAUGCUUUGGGAGGAUCCUAUGAGAAUUGUGAAUCCAACGGUGUUGUUAAGGAGAAGAAGAGUUGGUUUGGUUGGAACAAGAAAAGUUCAAAGGGAAAUGAUGAUUCUGAAGAUCCAAGGAUUUUGAAGAAGUUCUCAAAGUUGGCCCCAGAAGGUGGCAACCAGAAAUCACUUGAUCAUCAAAAACCAUCAUCUGAAUUUCCUAGAGAUGAUAUUGCAGAUGCUAAGAAAGGAAAAGAUAAAAACAGUAAGAAGAAAAAGAAGAAAGUGGCUAGUGAUGCUAAGCAUGAGAGUGAGUACAAAAAGGGUCUGAGGCCUGUCUUGUGGUUGACACCAGAUUUCCCUUUGAAAACAGAUGAGCUUCUUCCUUUACUAGACAUCUUAGCAAACAAGGUCAAGGCUAUAAGGAGACUCAGGGAGCUUUUGACUACUAAACUGCCCCAUGGCACUUUUCCUGUCAAGGUUGCUAUCCCAAUCGUCCCAACAAUACGAGUUCUUGUAACUUUUACGAAAUUUGAGGAGCUUCAGCCAUUGGAGGAGUUUUCAACCCCUCUCUCCAGUCCAGCACAUUUUCAGGAUGCAAAGUCAAAGGAAUCAGAAGGAUCCUCGUCAUGGAUAUCAUGGGUAAGAGGGGGUCGUGGUGGGCAAUCCAGUGACAGCGAUAGCCACCGAUAUAAGGAUGAGAUUGACCCUUUCCUCAUACCAUUGGAUUAUACCUGGGUUGAUGCCAAUGAGAAAAAACGCCGCAUGAAAGCCAAGAAAGCUAAGAGCAAGAAACACAGGAAACAUGCAACAGCCAAGGCUAGUGAUGGGGGACAUCAGGCAAGUGAGGAUGCCGAAGAAUAGUUUUGCAUAAAUUACAGUCACUUUGCCUCUAAGAGGGGAUUUGGUGGGACAAAAAUGAGGUAAAGCCCAUUCUUGUGCACUCCUGACCUAUAUUCUUCACUUUGGAUUAUAUCGUGGAAGUGUUACCAGAUACGUUUUAGGCCCUUAAUUGUUGAUUUAGAAGAAGGGAUAUCUUCUUCAAUUGUUGUAUUGUUAUGUGCUGUGAAAUCGGAGAGGAACCGACUUGUCUUUUUCUAAUAGCUUCUCUCAUUCUAAUUUAUCGUUCA